AUGAGCGGAUCUCCUCGUGGACCUACCACGACAAAUGCCAUCAACCGCGCAAGCGCAUCGCCUUCGAUCGCCAGUCUUGUUGAUCCACCUGUACCGAAUAUUAUUUCGCCUGUUCCAUCUCAUACUUCUUUUGUUCAGAGCACACAAUCCCAGCCGCCUUCUCAUUCUCAACCGCGUAUUCAUAAGGAAUCCAGCUCGAUGCCGGAGUCCCCUAGUCCUUUCCGCAAAGAUUUUAUACCUCCCCCUGCACCAAAGCUACCCACAACUGAAGCCAAGGAGGGUAAGGAGACAAAAGAGGCUAAGAAGCCUACGUCAACCCUUGCACAUGCAAUUACCUCCAAAAUUGAGAUUCGUCCGACGUCUAUCACUACGAUUGGUGCGGCCGGUACGAAGAAGACAUCACCUAAAAACCACAGCACCACAUCGUCGUCACCUCGCAUCAGCGCCAUCAAGGAUACGCUCGCUCCCCCUCUUCCAAGCGGACCUGAGCGUUCUAUCCUGGAUUUCGGUAAAGCGGAACCCGGAUCUGAGUUUAAUGCUCCAUCGAUUAUCCUUAAUAUCCCUCUCAACGGAGAAACAAAUAAGUACAUCAACUUCAUGCGAAUGGCCGAGGAUCAGUAUGGCUGGGAAGCCCUUCAUCCGCGCCAGGCUGAACUUAAAGCACGCAAGGCCCGCAUUGCCGCCGCAUCUGCCGCAUUAGCCCAGAAUGAUUCCAGUCGUGAGGGGGAUGAGAUGUCAGUUGACGAAUCAGAGAAUGAGGACUCGAAUGUCGAAAUGGGUGGUACAAGCGGACCCGACAAGGCUGCCGACGACAAGCCCGCGAAGAAGAAGAGGCAUUUCAAAGAGGACGAAUACGAUAAGGACGAUGACUUUGUCGAUGAUUCGGAAAUGCUCUGGGAGGAGCAGGCAGCGGCUAGCAGGGACGGCUUCUUCGUCUACUCCGGUCCCUUGAUACCGGAGGUUGAGAAGCCUGAAUCUGGACGGGUCAACCUAAACGAGGACGUGGAUCACGAGGUGGUCGUGGCGGCACUCGUACGGCAACUACAGGCGCAGGACGAGGUCGCGGAGGAGGCCCCGGGUCCCGAGGAGGCGCAGUGA